AUGGCUGCUGCGAAUCCAGCACAAUCUCUCCUAGGUGAACUGACUUGUUCAGUGUGUCUAGAUUAUUUUAAAGACCCAGUGUCUCUAGAUUGUGGGCACCAUUUCUGCCAGGCCUGCAUCACUCAGUACUGGGAGGAAUUGAGUACAAACUUCCACUGUCCUGAGUGCAGAGAAACCUUCCCCCAGAGAAACUUCAAACCAAACAGACAGCUCAGGAAUAUUGUAGAAGCUGCCAGAAAACUUACACUGGAGUUAACAAAAGAACCAGAAGUUGGGACAGUGUGUGAAAAACACAAGAGGGCUUUAGAUGACUUCUGCCAAGAGGAUCAAACACUCAUUUGUUUGGUUUGCCACCUGUCCCGAGAUCACAGAGAACACACUGUGGUUCCCGUAGAGGAGGCUGCUGAGGAUUACAAGGACCAAAUUCGGAGCCGUUUGGAGAUUUUGAAGAAAGAGAAAGAAGUGAUUCUGUCAUUUAAAUUGAGUGGGGAAAAUAAAAGCCAUGAACUGCUGAAACAGCUAGAAACUGAGAAGCAGAAGAUUGUGUCUGAAUUUCAGCAACUGCACCGGUUUCUGGAGGAACAAGAGCGACUCCGGCUGGCCCAAUUGGAAGAGCUGAAUCAGGAAAUUGAAAAGAGGAGGGCUGAGUAUGUUGCCAAAUUAUCUGAGGAAAUAUCUUCUUUCAGUUCCCUGAUCAGUGAGAUGGAGCAGAAGUGCCAGCAGCCAGCGAGGGAAUUCCUGCAGGAGAUCAAAGGCAACUUGAGCAGAUGUGAGAGGGAGAAGUUUCAGAACCCAGUGGCCUUUUCUUCUGACCUGAAAUGGAGAAUCUGGGAAUCUUCUCAAAGAAAUGCAUCUCUGGAGACCACAGUGAAGAAAUUCAAAGACUCUCUGUCGUCUAGACAGCGCUUGGACAAAGCGAACGUGACUCUGGAUCCAGACACGGCCCAUCCCGACCUCAUUGUGUCUGCGGAUCGGAAAAGUGCAAGAUGGGGGGAGACACGGCAGGAUCUGCCCAACAACCCUGAGAUAUUUGACAAUUGGACCUGUGUGAUGGGCUGUGAGGGAUUCACCUCGGGCAGACACUACUGGGAGGUGGAGGUGGAGGGGACGGGAGUCUAUGUUGUAGGGGUGGCCAGAGAGUCUGUGAGCAGGAACGGAGGGAUCAGCCCUAAUGCUGAGCAGGGGAUCUGGGCUGUGCAGGGCAGAGGGGAUCUCUACUGGGCUCUCACUUCCCCUGAGCAUGGCACCCCCUUGUCCCCAAGCCGGGCAUGCCGCAGGAUCCGGGUUUAUCUUGACUGUGAAGGGUUGUGGGUGGCAUUUUUUGAUGCUGGUCGUGGGGACCCGAUCGUCACUUUCCCGCUGACCCCUUUGGCAGGGGAAAGAAUCCGCCCGUUAUUCCAGGCUGGUGUUAGUGUGCGGCUCCUCUAG